AUGGCAUGGAACCAGCCUGGUGUCAGUAGUAGUCGGCCAGAUGUUGCCACAACAUCCCCGUGGUUAGCUCCGAUUGUUUGGGAGGAUACAUUUGACCUGACAGUGAUUGACGCCAUCUACAAACAACAGAAUAUCACCGUGGCAACCACCGUCUUCGCUCUGGGCAAGUAUGUGCGUUUCCUGAAGGACCUCCUAGAGUCUGCGGAGCAGCACUUCAUGGUGGGCUACCGAGUGCAUUAUUACAUCUUUACAGAUCUCCCGGAUGAGGUUCCCGCGGUAACACUGGGUGAGGGGCGUCAGCUGAAAGUGAUAAAAACAGCAAGCAUGAACCGCUGGCAGGAAAUCUCGCUACGCAGGAUGGAGAGGAUUGAGAAUCUCAUCCAAUACGAACUCAUCAACAAGACAGACUACAUUUUCAGCCUCGACGUAGACUCCAAAUUCUAUGCUCACUGGGGGGCGGAGUCUCUGGGUGACCUUAUCGGAGUGCUGCAUGCCGGGUUUUUUGGAAAAUCUCGGGAACAGUUCACGUACGAGCGGCGUCCUGAAUCUCAGGCUUACAUCCCUUUAGACGAAGGAGACUACUACUACGGAGGGGCCGUGAUCGGAGGACGCCCCGAAAAUGUGUUCAAGCUGGUGAAGACGUGUCGCAUGAAGCUGGAUGUAGACCGAGCCAAUAAGAUCGAAGCGGUUUGGCAGGAAGAGUCUCACCUGAACAAGUACUUCCUGUACAACAAACCCACCAAGUUGCUCUCACCUGAAUACCUGUGGGAUGACCAAAAAUGGAAACCCGGCUUCAUGAAAGUGGUGCGUUUCUCACAGGUGGUCAAGAACUACGCUGAGAUUCGACCCAACCCUUAACGCACAACGUGCCUCAGCAGGACAGUACAGGUUUUCACCAAAUAAACAUAAGAGUUUUUCUUGCUGUCACUCACCUUUCUUGUUGAUGUGAUUCCUGGAUGUGAUACCAAGUCUGUCAAUAGCAGGUUACUGCAUGAUGUUCAGCAAACAUUCCUGCAAGGUUUCUUUAGAAUUGUUUUCAUUCAUUCUUGAGUGUAAGAUACAUUCUCAGAUUUUUGCAGAUAUCUAGAAUAGAACCUUACACUUACUCUUUCUCCUGUGAUGUUGCUUUCAUCCAAGAAUUCUUUGAACAAGAAAUGAAUAUUGAGUGACUGAAAAUAACAUAAAAUGUGGCCAAAGGUUUUGUGAAUUUUUGUUCUGCUUAUGAAACUGAUCUUGAAGAAACUUUAUAACUGGCUAUCUCACGCUGGCUAUCUCACACUGAUUUAAAUGUUCAUGGACUUAAAAUUCUUUCUUUUAAUCUUCAUUUGAUGGUUCAUAUUUAAUAUUUGAACUCUUUAUUGAAUUUGUAUUGAAUCACUGCUAUAUACGCUGACAAGGUCACUAAGCCUCAUGCAUUAAUACUUUUGAACUUAAAGGUUUCUGUACAUCUUUGAGGGGUAAGAAUGUUUUGCUGGUUGCCUUGAUACAAUAAAACU